UAAUUUUUUUUCUAUUUUACAGUUUAUAAAAAAAUUAAUAACAAAUAUGGACAUAGUUGUUGUUGGAUCCUGUAAUGCGGAUCUUUUUAGUUAUGUUGAGCGUUUUCCAAAAGUGGGUGAAACAUUGUGUGGAAAAAAGUUUGUGAUAGGUUGUGGAGGAAAAGGAGCUAAUCAAUGUGUUAUGUCUGCUAAACUUGGUGCAAAAACUGCAAUGAUUGGUUGUGUUGGAGAUGAUGUGUUUGGAGAAAUGUUUUUAAAAGCAUUUAGCACAGCUGGUGUUGAUAUAACAAAUUUGAAAACAGUUUUAUCUGCCACCACAGGUGUUGCUACUAUUACUGUUAACGAAAAAGGUGAGAAUAGCAUUGUGAUAACCAAAGGAGCAAACAAUUGUAUUUCAACCGAUCAAGUUGAAGCUUCUAUAGAUACCAUAGUAAAAGCCAAAGUGGCUCUUUUUCAACUUGAAGUUGAUUUGGCAACAACACUCUAUGCUUUAAAGAUUGCAUAUGAAAACGGAGUUACAACUAUUUUUAAUCCUGCUCCUGCAUUGAAAGAGUUACCAAAUGAGUUCUUGAUGUAUUCAUCUAUAUUAUGUUGUAAUGAAACUGAGGCAGAAAUAUUGACAGGUUUAUCGAUUAAUUUGGACUUUCCUGUAACAGAUUGCGAAAAUGCAGUUCGUAAUUUACUUAGCAAAGGCCCCUUGAAAGUGGUAUUGACAAUGGGUUCAUAUGGAGCUAUUUUUGGUGAAAAAGGAUCAGAUGCUGUUCAUCAUAUACUGACACCACCUUCUAUAGUUGAUAAAGUAGUUGAUACUACGGGAGCUGGUGAUUGUUUUGUUGGAUCCCUUGCAUAUUUUUUAGCCCAGCGGAAGGAUCUUAGUUUUAAUGAAGUUGUUCGUAGAUCUGUCGCGAUAGCGUCGAUAUCGGUGACUAAACAUGGUACUCAAACAAGUUAUCCAAGUUUGAAUGAUUUACCUGAAGACCUGAUACAAUAAUUUAAA